GAGCUCCCCAGCCAAAUCGGCGCACGCACUCGAACCCUCAUAUAUAUUAAAUUUUCUCUCUAUCCAAACGGGAAAAGAAAAGUCUGAGAAAAAAGAGAGAGGGAAAAGCGUCCGGAAUAUCGCAGAGCUGUCUCCGCGAUCGGAAUACCACCGCCGCGUCUCUUUCCUUCUCUCUACGUCUUCCAGACGUCGUGGGAAGAAUUUCCUGGGAAACAAACUAAUCUGCCUGUAACAACUCUCCACAUGCAAUUACGUGAAAGCCUCACCAAUCAACAGAACCGCUGUAGAUAAAGUUUCCGAGCCUAUCCACUUGCCUCGUUUUCCUCAAGUUUCUUUUUUAAAGAAAGAAUCCAUCAUCCUUUUAGAAUUUAUCGUCAUUUGGUUUUGGUUUCUAAGAUUUUGACGAAAAAUCAAAUUUUCCGGAAAAAGGAAAAUGACGAGAAGGCAGCAUCAAGACGAGCAAUCUAGAAUUUUCUACGAGCUCUCCGCUCUGGUCCUCAACAUCCUCAGAUCCCCGCCGUCGCCGAUCCCUUUCUCCGACUCUCUGCCGCAGGCUUUGACGACGUCACCGUCGUCUUCUUCCUCCUCCAGGCGGCCCUCUCCUGCGGCUCAGAUCUCGCCGGCGGGUUUCGCUUCCCUGAUGCUUGGGAUUUCACUGGCCCUGAUGCUAUGCGGAUCGGUCACUUUCUUUAUCGGGUUUAUAUUGAUGCCGUGGAUUCUCGGGCUGGUCAUGGUGUUCUACGUGGCUGGAAUCGUAUCGACCCUCUCGAUGUUGGGUCGCUCCCUUCUCUGUUACGCCACUGCGCCACCCACGCCGCGAAAGGACAUUCCUGUGGCCACAAUGCCAUUUCGGAAGAUUUCUGAUAUUUUUUGCCCACUAUGGCUUCCAAUUGCUGCAGCUUGGAAACUUUUGUGAAGGGAAAAAGGUGGUUCUGAGGAGAGAAUUGAAUUAUUAGGGGAGGAUCCGAGGAGAGUCAACGUUCCUGUGGAUAUUGCUUCUUCUAGCAACACAUCGGGACAAUUACACUACGUAGAGCCUCUUCAAGUAUUGAUGCAGGAAUUGUGAAUAAUUUGUCUAUUAAAAUGUUUCUGGAUGUGGGGAUAAUAGUAGAUAUGGUGAAUUGUUAAAGGUUUUCUUUUGCUACUGCCUACUCAUUUCCAAGUUGGGAGAAGAAGUCAGAGCUAUUCCCAGUUUGGUUCUCAUAUUCUCUUUCAUUUUUCCACAAGUUUAUGUAGAUUUUCUUCUCUUUUUUCAUGGAUAUAUAUAAAAAUUUUAGCUGUUAGGAAUCA